UUUCUAUACUCUGCUGAUUCUACGAAAUCAGCAUGAAGGGUUUCGUAGUUUUUGCGGUACUUUUCGUAUCAGCGUUUGCUGCUGAAGUUUCAGUGGAAGAUGGAAAUCCACUUAGAUUAGAAAGAUCAGUUGCAGUAGUAAAUGAAAAUGUAAAAGAAGAACAAUCUCCAGAGCUAGUCCAACCUUUAGACUUACACACUACAGCUGUUCAAACUACCAGCGUCGAAACUGUUGAUGGAGCUCCUCGACCAAAAAGAACACUCGGAGUCUUACUAGGAGCUAAGGCUCUUGGAGCAGGCUUAAUCGGUGCUAAAGCCUUAGGAGCUGGAAUAAUUGGCGCCAAAGUCUUAGGUGCUGGAUUAAUCGGUGCUAAAGCCGCCGUAGGUGCCGGCAUUAUCGGUGGCGGUUUGUUAGGAGCUGGUUUACUUGCUGGAGGCGGAGGUUACGGAUAUGGCGGUUACGGUCAUGGGGGAUACGGAGGUUAUGGUCAUGGAUACGGAGGUUAUGGUCAUGGAUACGGUCAUGGAGGAUACUCAGGUUAUGGAGGCUAUGGAGGUGGAUAUUAUGGAGGAAACUAUGGGGGACAUGGAGGUUACUAUAACAGUUAUCCACAAACAACUGUUGUAGAAGAAUAUGUUGUACCCGUUCAUGGCGGAUAUGGAGGAGGUUAUGGCGGAUACUCUGGAGGUUACGGCGGAUCCGGUUAUGGUGGAUAUAGUCACGGCGGAUACGGAAACUCAGGAGGCUAUGGCCAAGGUGGAUAUGGAAACUACGGAGGUGGAUAUGGAAACUAUGGAGGUGGAUAUGGAAACUACGGUGGUGGAUAUGGAAACUACGGAGGUGGACACGGAGGUUAUGGAAACGGUGGUUACGAGAACUACGGAGGAAAUGGAGGAUAUGGAGUAAGCGGUGGAUAUGGCGGAAGUCGAGGUGGUCAAAUCUCUGCAUACAGCAAAGGCUCUGGUUAUCAAUAUGAAAAGGGUUACAGCCAAACAUGGUAACAACAGCUAGUCACAGAUGUAAAUACACUCAAGAGGCCAUUUUAGUAUUAGUUUUUUAAUAAAAAAAUU